AUGGCUGACCCUCCCACCACCCCGGUUCCUCCUCCAACAAUCUUACCGGACCAUCACCGUCAGCCCCUCCAUCUGCCCAUCAUUCACGGAGGCUCCUCCCCCGCCGUCGCACCAUCCUCCUCCGCCACCCCCAACACCAGCUUGAUCCGAGAAUACCGCAAGGGCAACUGGACCGUUCAAGAAACCUUGAUUCUUAUCACCGCCAAGAAGCUCGACGACGAGCGCAGGCUCCGGACCUCCGGCUCCGCCCCGCAAGAACCCUCCAAGCCCGGUGCUGCAUGCAGUUCCGGCAGAACUAGCGGCGAGUUACGGUGGAAGUGGGUGGAGAACUAUUGCUGGAGCCGUGGCUGCUUGCGAAGCCAGAACCAAUGCAAUGAUAAGUGGGACAAUUUGCUUCGCGAUUACAAGAAGGUUCGUGACUACGAGUCCAAAGCUGAAGCCUCCUCCUCCUCCGGCGACUUCCCUUCUUAUUGGACCAUUGACAAGCACCAGCGCAAAGAGAAAAGCCUUCCUUCCAAUAUGGUCUUCGAAGUGUAUCAAGCCAUAAGCGAGGUGCUUCAGAGAAAGCACGCUCACAGAGGAAGCCCACAGCCGCCAUUUUCACAACCCGCCCCUGCGGCAUUACUAUCUCCGUCGCAGCCAAAUCCGAUGACUGUGAUACCGCCACCUCCACCUCCACCCCCGCCUCCUCCCCCGCCUCCGCCUCCGCCUCCACCGCAGGCUCCGGCUGGCUCUACCACCCCGGCUGUUUCAGAGAGGUCGGAUUCUUCAAGCACAGAGUAUUCUACUGAGGAGGAUCACAAUUCAGAAUCGAAACGAAGGAAGAUUCGGAAUCUUGGAUCAAGCAUAAUGCGAAGUGCGUCGGUUCUGGCUCGGGCUCUUCAGAGCUGUGAAGAGAAGAAGGAAAAACGGCACCGAGAACUGUUGGAGUUGGAGCAACGGCGGCUUCAGAUCGAGGAACACCGGAACGAAGUUAACCGGCAGGGCAUUGCGAACCUCGUUGUGGCGGUGACCAACCUCUCCGGUGCGAUUCAGUCACUCGUUUCUGAACGCCAUGGCCAAAGAUGAUGAAGUGUGGCUGCAUGCAUGCAUGCUUGCUGCUCCAUAGCUUAUGUGAAUUACAAUUCAAAAAUAUAAAUUCAUCAUAUCAUAUCACCAGCCAUUCUUUCCCACAUUAAUUUGGUUUCGGUAAUCUUGAUUCAUCAUUUGACAGCUGAUCGAUGAAAUGAUCCAUUCUUUGAUGAACAUAUUUUCAAGGGACGGUUUAUUCGGUGAUUAUGUAUAUAAUUAAG